AUGGACGGUGUGGGAACUGAGACAAUAUUGGACUUUAUGGUCAUUGGAGCUAGUCGACAAGAUACAGUUCAUGGACCCCCUCGAAGAACUGUGACGGAUGUUGAAAACGAUCAGAAAAAGUUGUGGAAUUUUGUCUUGGUCUGUGUUCUGGAACAACUAGAUAACUACAACAUAAGACUACAUCCUCCCAUCCCUUCCGGCUUCCAAAUUUCCAAACCCCGCCCCCGCCUCCGCCCCCCUUCCCUCCUUCUAGUUUCUCACUCACCUGUACCCAUAAUCAUCAUGAGACUCUCGUUAGCCAACAUUCUCAUUGCCAUCCUCUCAUAUAACUACACAGCACUAGCAAUGCCACUUAAAAGCCAUACUCCAAAUGCGGACAAUAUUUCUGUCCUGGCAUCGGGGGAACAGAGUGUUCAGCAACGUGGAGUCUCGGAUACGCGCUCUGCAAUCUCAAGUAUCCGAACGUGGGUUCUGGGCGGAGUUUUUGCAGGAGAUGCGUUGAGACGAAUUGCGAGAUGGAGGGAUGUGAUAAAAUAUGAGGGAUGA